AUGAAGCUUAAGCAAUUAGAAAGCAUGUUGGGUGAGCUUCAACAGUUCUCCAAUCCAAAGGUAGAGCUUGAACAGUACCCAACCGGACCUCACAUUGCUUCUCGCAUGCUCUACGCUGCAGAGAAUUCGUUUGGGGAUGUUAGCAACAAGGUAGUUGCCGAUUUUGGUUGCGGGUGCGGCACAUUGGGUGCUGCAGCUUCUCUUAUGGGUGCAGAACAGGUUAUUGGCAUUGAUAUUGAUUCUCAAUCUCUUGAGAUAGCAUCUCUAAACGCAGAGGAUCUUGAGUUGGACAUAAACUUCAUUCAAUGUGAUAUCAGGAACUUAGUAUGGAGAGGUCCUAUUGUUGAUACUGUUGUGAUGAAUCCUCCAUUUGGAACCCGGAGGAAAGGUGCUGACAUGGAUUUUCUUUCAGCUGCAUUAAAGAUUGCUUUUCAAGCAGUGUAUUCAUUACACAAGACCUCAACAAGAGAGCAUGUGAAAAAGGCAGCCUUGCGAGACUUUGGAGCUAGCAGUGCAGAGGUUUUAUGUGAGCUUCGGUUUGAUGUACCUCAGUUAUACAAAUUUCACAAGAAAAGGGAGGUGGAUGUCGCUGUAGAUCUCUGGCGGUUUGCACCCAAAACUAACCAGGGAAACAGUACUUAA